CAGACGUCACGUGAUCAGGUGCGGCAUGCUCCUGAUUUCCUGAAAUAUCGUCGUUUUCUAGCUCAUUUACUUGAGGAAAGAUGCGUCGCACACCAAGACAGAAAACCACACCUCAAAGCAGGGUGCAACAGCCGAGACCUAUACAACCUAAGCCAUCUCCAAGAUCUGAGAGCCCUGAUAUUGAGAUCAUAGAGGAGAAGAAGGCACCCCCUAGACCCCAAGUUCAAACACUUCGACAGAAACCUGGUCCUAGAACUAUCCAAGUCCUCGGUGACAAUCGUGGUGAGCUCCAGGUGCUUCCAGGUCCCAGAACUGUACAAGUUGCUGGUCAGGGCCCCAGAAAUGUCACUCAUACACCAUCCCCAAGGGGUGCCCAGCCACCAGGCGGUCGGCCUCAACAGAGGGCGCCACCUCCCCAAGGGGCCAGGCCACCACAGGGACGACCUCAAUCUCAGAGAGGACCACCCACUCAAGCCAAUCCUGAAAUUAUGGUGAUUGAGGGGAGAAGACAAGUUCAAAUUGCCCAACCUGAUCCUAAGAGAGGGCGUGGAAGACCUUCUUCUGUAGGCAGAAACACACAGGGAAAGUUCAGUAGCCAGGAGGCUGUACCCCCACAACCCAGGAAACAAAGAGUGCAGGUAUUCCGACAGAACAGGCCCAAGAGCUCCAACCCAGUCGAUUUAAUGAUGGAGUGUGAGGAUGAGGAGCUGUCUCCAUGGCAACUGGAUGCCAACAAGCGGGCACAGGAGGAAUACAAGGAGGCUCAGCAGGAGGUUAAGAAAGCAGAGAAAACUGCUAAAGAGACACAGAAGAUUCUUGAACAGCAGGCGAUAGAUGCUAUGGAAGAAGAGGAGAGGAAACAAAUGGAGGCAGAGACUGCAAGGAGAGAGGCUAAUGAGGCUAAAGCUAAACUGGUUGUCAUGGAGGCCCAGCAGAAACAGGCACAAGAAGCCCUUAAAAAAGCUCAAGAACUGUCAAAUCGUCCAGUGCCAACAUCUAUCCAAGUGGUUCCCCCACCCCCACAGUUCGCGUUCCAGCAGAUGAUUAAUUCUGCGGGUCAGAUCAUCACUGUCCGAGUGCCUGUCCGCCCCACACCCCAGCAGAACAUCCCUCCUCCAGUGUCACCUGCAAACUUUGCCCCCCAGCUCCCAAGGCCUCUUGUACCACCAACUCCCAUGCAACCGUCAUCACAAGCACAGCAAAUUAAGUCAAGUCCAACUCAGUAUAUCCAGCCUGUUCCAAAGGUGACUUACAAGCCAAUUUCAUCUAAAGCUUCCCAGCCUCCACCCAAUGUGAGCCAAAUUCCAGUUCAGCUUGUCCAGCCACUUAAAACAAGAUCACGUAAGACAACACCUGAUGUCAACUUGAAUGACGAUGUUGAGGUAACCUAUGUUAGUGGAACAUCAGGACUUGGGGUGAAGCGAAGUUCAUUCUCUGCAGGCCUAGAGUCGCCAGGCACAAAACGCGGGAAACCCUCGUUCAAUGUCGAUGACAAAGGUUUGCUGGUUCCUCUUGAGGAGUACUAUUAUGGGAAGAAGGAAGGCAAUCCCUCAUACACUGAAGCCAAGGGAGAGUUCAGAUUUAAGUGUUAUUUCUGCCACAAGAUGUUAUACAACAACAUGCGUAUGAUGUUGCAUGUACAAGGCCACAUAGAUGCUGAGAAGCAGCAAAACCUUGAGCUGAGUGACCUUACACAGUGCAAGCAUUGUUACAGGCAAUUUGACACCCCAUUUGAGAUGCAGAUACACAUCGAAAAGGUACACCAGAACAAAGACAAUGUGUUGGUUUGUCGUAUCUGUGAAAGGGAGCAUGAUAAUCGAAAGACACUCACCAACCAUAUGAGAGUCACCCACAACUGCUGUGAGAUGCCCUACAUCUGCAACCUCUGCAGUUUCCGGUCCUCUGUUUACAGUGAUGUCAUAGACCAUUUUAAAAAGCGUCAUGACAGCUCAGAGUAUAUCAUGUGUCUGUACUGUCUCAAGUCCUUCAAAAUCAAGUUCUCAUCCUCCAAUGGUUGGGGUCUCACACAGAAUUACUACAAUCAUCUAAUGAAACAUCUAAGCAAAGCUGGUCAGAAGCGCUGUAAUGCUUGUAAGCUGACAUAUCUCAACAGAGCAGAGUUGCAGAAACACAAGUCUCAUGAUCAUCAGCCUAACCACAGGGGCAUUGGAGUACUGAGCCUUGUCAACAGCAGCAAGGCCAAUUCUGACCAGGACAUAGUCAUGAUUAAAGUACCCGACAAGAAACAGAAACCCAAGUCUCUGAAUGCUAGUGCAGUUACCAAGGUGCUAGAUUUCAG